AUGCGGCUUCAAAGAGAAUUGAUGACUCAACAGCAAAACGCAUUCAUGGAGAUCAUCACCAAACUGGAAAAGAAGGAGGAAACCAAGGACAACACCGCCGUCGUCAACUCCCUCAAUGCUCGAAUCACUCCAUUCGCCUACAACACAGAUGAAGGAGAAACUUUUGACCGAUGGUACUCAAGGUAUGAAGACAUUAUUAAGAAAGAUGGUGCUGCGCUGGAAGAUGAAGAAAUGGCCCGCUUCAUCGUGUCAAAAUUGGAGAGGAAGGAAUCCGAGCAAUUCCGAAACCACCUGCUGCCAAAAUCCCCAUCAGAAGUGAAACUCGAGGACACCAUCAAGACACUAAAAAAACUCUUCAAUGAAUCCAAAUCCAUCACCAGAAUGAGGUAUGAACUUUUGACGGUUAAAUUUGACGGAGUAGACCGGAAGGAAUACACUGGAAACAUCAAAAGAUUGUUCAACGUGGCACAGUGGAAAGAGAUGUCGGAAGAUCAAGCACAGUGUCUCCUUUGGACCAUUGGACUACAAUCCAGCCAACACACCGAAACCCGACUUCGUGCUCUUCGUGAAAUGGAAGCCAAUCCAAAGAUCACUCUGACUGAACUGGCCGAUCGACUAGACCACGUCAUCGCAAUGAAAGCCGACGCCGACUUCAUUGGAGGAGCCAAAUCCAGUGUUAACUUCAUCAAGAACAAGAAGCCACAUGUCCAGCAACCGUUCAAACCGAAACCGUCCAACCAAAAUCCUCAGAAGUCAGAUGACAAAAAGAAGCCACCACCAACACCAUGCUGUUAUUGUGGAGAUAUGCAUUGGAAUCGUGAUUGUAAGCAGAAGAAGUCGCUCGUCUGCCACCAAUGCCAUAAAACCGGUCAUGUUGCCAAAAUGUGUCGUCAGAAGAAUUCCCAAUCCAACAACGCAGUUUUCAUUGCCGAAUCAUCUGCUGGAGCCAAGAAUCGCAUCUACACUGAAGUCUUAAUUGAUGGAACACCGAUCCGUAUGGUCUUGGACACUGGAGCCGAAGUCACUCUUCUCAACAAAUCGGAUUGGGUCAAGAUGAACAAGCCGACGCUGUCACCGCCAACACUCAACCUCCGUACUGCGACCAAAAAACCAAUCGACGUCAAGGGACAGUUCCAGUGCAAAUUCGUGCUCAAUGGUCAAAAUGGUUCGGGAUCAUGCCACGUCACCGACACUGCAUCACUUCUUGAUAAGUCACUUUUUGAACAUUUGGUUCGCGGAUCCAUCAAUGCUGUCAAGUCUUCCGAAGCUUCAGAAGUCAUGGCUAAGCACCGUAUCCAACUCCAGAAGCGUCUCGAGACCGAGUUCCCAGAAACAUAA